AAAAACUCUACAUACUGAUACUAUCUAAGCCACUCAACUCUCGCCACUAGACAAAAUAAUAUGACUUUUCAUCUUCUCUUUUUCAUUCGGUACAUGUAUUUUUGGAAACGGAUUUCCUACUGUUACAAUAGGACGCUGUAACAGUCAAAGACCGUUCGAUCUGAAUCAGUGGCUCAUAUUGAAUAGAGAUAGAUUAAUCACAGCUGUCCGAUCAAAAAUCAGUGGCUAUGAUUUAAAACAGCGGGAAACUGUGUUAAUAUCUACGGCAACAAAUCUGGGUCCUAUAUUUUUCAUCUUAUUAUAAACUAUUUGUUGUCAUUUUCGCAUACAUUAAAAAAGUAUAUAAAAUUCUUGUAAGACAUUCAUAUUUAUAUUACUAUAUAGUAAUAUAAAUAUGUCUUACAACUUUAAUUUAGCAAAAUUCAUUGUUCACCAUAUCCUUAAUCCUUUCCAAUAAAAAAAAAUCAUAUCAUUAAAUCAAUCCAAGUUCCAAUUCCAACAAUAGCAUGGGAUCACAAGAUGCAAAGAUCCACUUUGUGUUAUUUCCAUUGAUGGCACAAGGUCAUAUGAAUCCCAUGAUGGACAUUGCAAAGAUAUUAGCACAUCAACACAAUGUUAAUGUUACAAUAGUAACCACUCCCCAAAAUGCAUCACGUUUCUCAUCAAUUCUAGCACGUUAUCUUGACAUUCAAGUAAUUCAACUUCAAUUUCCAUGUAAAGAGUUUGGAUUACCAGAAGGGUGUGAGAAUCUUGAUAUGUUACCAUCACUUGGUAUAGCAUCUGAUUUCUUCAAAGCAUCAAGAUCUCUAAAACAAGAAGCUGAAAAGUUAUUUGAAGAGUUAACACCACCACCAAGUUGCAUAAUUUCAGAUAUGUGUUUGCCAUAUACAAUCCAUAUAGCUAGAAAAUUCAAUAUUCCAAGAAUUUCUUUUGUUGGAGUAAGUUGCUUAUAUCUCUUGGCUUUGCAUAACUUACAUGUCACUAAUAUGAAUGAAACUAUGGCUAAUAAUGAAUCUGAGUACUUUGUUUUACCCGGUAUCCCAGACAAAAUUGAAAUGACCAUAGAACAAUUAGGAGCAGGAAAUAAGGGUGAAGCUUGGAAACAAUUUAAUGAUGAUGUGCUUGAAGCUGAAGUGGGUAGUUAUGGGAUACUCAUGAAUUCUUUUGAAGAAUUAGAGCCAACAUAUGCAAGGGAAUAUAAAAAGGUAAGAAAUGAUAAAGUUUGGUGUAUUGGUCCUGUUUCACUUAGUAACAUUGAUUAUUUGGAUAAGUUUCAAAGAGGUAAUAAGAAUAAGGAUUCAAUUGAUGAAUGGAAGCACAUGAAGUGGCUUGAUUCUCAAAAACAAGGGAGUGUUAUAUAUGCAAGCCUUGGAAGUUUAUGCAAUAUAGCACCAAUUCAAAUGAUAGAGCUUGGUUUAGCAUUAGAAGCUACAAAAAGACCUUUUAUUUGGGUUAUUAGAUAUGGAAAUCAAUUAGAAGUAUUGGAAAAAUGGAUUGAGGAAAGUGGAUUUGAAGGAAGAAUCAAAGGCAGAGGCCUAGUAAUUAAGGGUUGGGCUCCUCAGUUAUUAAUAUUGUCCCAUCGUUCAACCGGAGGAUUCUUAACACAUUGUGGUUGGAAUUCGACUAUUGAAGCAAUAUGUGCCGGUGUUCCAAUGGUUACAUGGCCACUUUUUGCUGACCAAUUUUUGAAUGAGACUUUAGCUGUGCAAAUAUUGAAAGUUGGUGUGAAAAUUGGGGUGGAGAGUCCUAUGAAUUGGGGUAAGGAAGAAGAAAGUAGUGUGUUGGUGAAGAAGGAAGCUAUCAUUAGAGGAAUUGAAAGAUUAAUGGAUGAGUCAAGUGAAAGUGAAGAAAUAAGAAAAAAGAUUAAAGAGCUUGGUGAGAUGGCUAAAAAGGCUGUAGAAAAAGAUGGAUCUUCUCAUUAUAAUGUUACUUUGUUCAUCCAAGAUAUAAUACAAAAAAAUAAAGAUAUGAUUCAAGGAUUAGGAACAGAGGAAUUGAAGGAAAUUGAGGACAAAAUGUUAAAUGUAUGAUGCUGAAAUAAAGUCAAAAAUGGUGCAAUCAUAAACACUUGUGAGGAGUGAAAAUGUGAAUCAUGUCAUCUUAAUUUGACUUUGCUUAUCCAAGAUUUCAUGCAUCAAAAUUGAAACUUGAAGAGAUAUGAAAUUUAUAAUAUUUGUCCUUUUGUUGUCAUUUUUUUUUUCUUUUUUAUUGUGGUAUAAUGUACACUGCAAGCAUGAAGUUAUCUUAUAAAUGCAUGAAGAGGUAUUAUACUUUAUAAGAAGAAGGUGCUAUAUGUUUUCA